GGGAGCCAUGGUAGGUGGUGAGACAGCCGCUGCAGUGGAGGAGCUGGUCUCCGGGGUGCGGCAGGCGGCCGACUUCGCCGAGCAGUUCCGCUCCUACUCCGAGAGCGAGAAGCAAUGGAAGGCCCGUAUGGAAUUCAUUCUGCGCCAUCUACCCGACUACCGCGACCCGCCCGACGGCGGCGGCCGCCUGGAUCAGCUCCUGUCUCUCUCCAUGGUCUGGGCCAACCACCUCUUCCUGGGCUGCAGUUACAAUAAAGACCUUCUAGACAAGGUGAUGGAAAUGGCUGAUGGGAUAGAAGUGGAAGACCUGCCACAGUUUACAACCAGAAGUGAAUUAAUGAAAAAGCAUCAAAGCUAAGGCAGAACAUUUCCAUCCCUGGUGACAGGCAUAGAAAGGAGGCUGGAAUGAGUGUGACUGACCACAGCAGCUUUUUAAGAUUCCUGAUAUUACCAACAUAGAAACAGGUGGAAUGAAGAGGAAUCUGUCUACAUGGGCUUUAAAAAGUCUUCAUUCUUCCAGUAGCUGUCACUGUGAAAGUAUGCAUGGAUAUUUAUGUAUUUAUAUUUUGCAUACUCUAAGAUGAUUUCAUCAGCAUUGUAGAAGCCAAACUUUUGUUUAAAAUGUCUUUUUUUUUAUGUUGAUGUAAUUGUUUGGAUUUUUCAACAAUGUACCUUGAAGUGUGAUUCUGUUCUUUGGCCUUUUUUUCCUAUUGAGGCAAAUUAGAUUCCUUUAUUUCCUUAUUUCUACCUGGAAUGUACACCACUGCCACACAUACUUAUCUUUUUGUAGGAAAUGAGAAUCAUAUCAUAGGCCUAAGGUAACCCGUGAGCUAGCUCAUGGGAAGAGACAGCCUCCAAAAAAGCAUUUGGCCUUUUAAUAAAUUCAUUGAGGGCUGGGGAUGUGGCUCAGUGGUAGAGCACUUUGCCUGGCAUGCUCAGGGCCCUGGGUUCUAUCCCCAAGACCGCAGACAAUAAAAAAAUAAGUGAAAUUCAUUUGUAGGAGAUUCAUUUCCCUGUGUCUCCCAGGCUGCUGAGUAAAGCCCACAGUCUUUUUGUUUCGGGAGGGCAUCUGAGCUUUGGUCUUUAGACAUGAACUGCCUUGCACAUAAGCCUCUCAAGAAAUACUUUGCUGGGCCUCGGUGGCUCACACCUGUAAUCCUAGCUACUAGGAGGCAGACAUCAGGAGGAUCGCAUUUUGAAGCCAGCCAGGGCAAAUACUUCAUGAGACCCUAUCUCGA